UAAAAAGUCAUCCCCAAAGAAUAACAAUUUCCACACAUCCACAUUCUCUUUCCCUUCCCCUUCACUUUCUUUUUUAUACCCAAAGAGUUACACUUUCUAAAUUCAUCUUGGGGAAUUCCUUUCCAGAUCUCCCUAAAGGGCAAGGGCAUAUUUUUACUUUACAAAAGAUACUGUGAAUUGUUUCUUGACACUGUUUCUUGACAAAACAGUGGCUGAUUUUCUUUAACAGAGGCCAUUUUGAAAGCCAGACCCAUGAAAGAAAGUCACAGUCAAGACAAGUAGCGAAAGCCGAUACUCGACAUGCUGUCCUGAUGGAGCACACCUACUUCAUUAAUACAUUUCAUAGAAAACCCCAUAUAACACAAAAAGGUAAAUAAGAACCAAUACCAUAAUUAAGAAUGGCAAACAUCUUACCAAGAAUCUUCCAAGUGCAUCAUGCUAUCUGCCUUCUUUGAAAGAAUAAAUCAAGGUUCUGCUAUCAAGAAUGAGAAAUAAAACAAACAAAAUAUAUAAAAAUUACCCAGGAAAUAAAAGUGAAAACACAUAAAAAGAAAGAAAUUUUAGUUAAGCAUGAGUCACUUCUUUCCACCAUCUCACCGUCUCCCUGUCCUCAUAUAUAUUCCCAGUAUUCAAGGACCUUCUUGUAGCUUUUAGUUAAGCAGUUUAAAUAGAAUCAUGGAAAAUUCUUGCAGAAAAAAAAAAGUUUCUCUUUCUAAUGAAAUCCUAAAUGAAAAAGGUCAAUAGCUUAGAAGAAAAGGAGAUUGAGCAGUAAAGGAAAAGUUCAAAUAGGAAAGAAUUUAGCUUUAGACACUAAGGGAAUGUAAUAAUUAAGUUUUAUUUAACACUUACAUUGUAUAAUUGUGAUUGUAGUAGUGGGCAGGAAGUAGAGUAAAAUUCCCAGGACUUUUAUUCAUUUAGAAAAAUCUCUGUGGAUGUGAUAUGAUUUUUAAUAGAUCUUUUUAAUAAGGGAAGUAAUGGAUGACUUCUAGUUAUUUGAAACUUGUUUCUUACUUUCAUUCAUAUAGCAAAUAUUUAUUGAGCAUCUGUGAAGAAAUAAUUGUUCAGGGGGUAGAAAGCAUCAUGAAAUAUGAAGUGUUAUGCUAUGUCAGGGGAAUUAUAGGAAGGAAGUAGUUAAAAGAUGGCAUGAGAAUAUUGAUGAAUAUUGAUGACAGUUGUGUAGGGAGAUGAGAAAUUCUUUAUGAAUUGCUGAAGGAACUAGGGUUGGAAGAUGAAGGAUGAUAUGGUAUGGAUAAGAAUCAAAUUUUGCCAUGAAGAAGGUGUAUAUUUUAUAAUAUACUGUGAUAAUUCAUGUAAUGUUUAUUAGUGGGACAAGGGCAAAAUCAAUGUUUUUUCAAUGAAUGAAACAACUGCAUAUUUUAAAUAUAAUAAUAAUCUAUUUCACAGUAAGUUAUUUACAUAUAUUCAAUGUAAUAUCAAGAAUCCCAAAGGCUUCUAAAAUGUUAGAACUGAAAACAGUAAUUGAAGGCAUUAUCCAUAUUUCCUGAGGGGAAAAGAUACUGAAGUUUAUUCAUAUAAUUAAAGAAUUUCAGUUUUUAAGCUUAGCGAUACCCUAAAUUGAAUGAAACAAAGAGAAAGUUACAUGUGUUUGUACUGACAUUGAGAGGAGUACUUUGAUUGAUGAUGAGGUGAAUGGUGGAAAAGAGAUGAGAAACAUUGCCAUACAAAGAACUCCAUUGUGAAGAUCCAAAGCAGUAGUCUUUCCUAAAGGUCAUAACAAUUGGUUAGCUUUAAGUCCAAACCUCUCACUUGGGAGUUUUUUCCUUUUUCUUCUGGAUACGGGAAAUAGAGGCAAGGUAGCACUUCAACAUCUCCAAUGGCGUGAAACAAGGCUGUGUGUCCUCACUCCAGUACUAUUCAACCUAUUUUUCACUCAAGUAUUAAGACAUGCUCUGAUGGAUCUAGACCUGGGCAUCUACAUCAAAUACCAACUGGAUGGCUCACUAUUUGACCUUCGCUGCCUGACUGCAAAAACAAAGACAACAGAGAGACUCAUCCUGGAAGCUCUCUUCGCAGAUGACUGUGCUCUCAUGGCCCACCAAGAAAAUCAUCUCCAAACCAUCGUGGACAGAUUCUCCACCGCAACAAAACUGUUUGGCCUGACUAUCAGCCUCAGCAAAACAGAGGUGCUGUUCCAACCUGCACUAGGGAGGCCAACUAACCAGCCGUGCAUUACAAUUGACGGCACGCAGCUUUCUAACGUUAACACCUUCAAGUACCUGGGCAGCACCAUCGCCAACGACGGGUCCCUAGACCACGAGAUGAAUGCCAGGAUCCAAAAGGCCAGCCAGGCACUUGGGCGGCUGCGCUGCAAAGUCCUCCAACACAGAGGUGUAAGCACUGUGACGAAGCUCAAAGUGUAUAAUGCAGUGGUCCUCAGCUCGCUCCUGUACGGUUGUGAGACAUGGACACUGUACCGGAAGCACAUGAAACAGCUGGAGCAAUUCCACCAACGCUCCCUCCGGUCAAUCAUGAGGAUCCGAUGGCAGGACCAAAUCACCAAUCAGGAAGUCCUUGACAGAGCCAACUCCACCAGCAUCGAAGUCAUGGUCCUCAAAACCCAGCUACGAUGGUCUGGACACACCAUCCGCAUGGACCCACAGCGAAUACCAAGACAGAUAUUCUAUGGUGAACUGUCAGCUGGACUCAGGAAACAAGGCCGACCAAAAAAAAGAUUCAAGGGUCAGCUAAAGUCAAACUUGAAGUGGGCUGGCAUUACACCAAAGCAACUAGAACUUGCUGCCUCUAACAGAAGCAGCUGGCGAACCCACAUUAACCAUGGCGCCACCACCUUUGAAGAUGAGCAACAUCGACAUCUUGCCGCUGCUAGUGAACGCGGACACCAGGCCACAGCGACACCUCCCGUAACAACUGGCGUCCCAUGCCCCAUGUGCCACAAAAUUUGCGCCUCAGCCUUUGGACUUCAAAGCCACAUGAGGGUACAUCAUAGAUGAAACUGCACAAAGACAAUAGUCAUACUCGAUCACCGAGAGACUACCACUACUAGUCCACAGGUUGGGAUAUAGAGUUCCUGGUCUAUGCUCCACACUCAUCUGAGUUCUGAGGGCAAAGACCCUUCAAUUAGCAGUUUUUUCCCAACAAUCUCUUCUCUCACUCCAAGAUCACUCCCACUCCCCAUCUCAUUCCAAAAGCUGUCUGCUCAUCUCAGUGGGCAGAAAUGCCAAAGCUUGAUUCACAGUUUUCCUUUCCACAUACACACACACACACAAAACUAAUAGAUACAUACAAGAUAUAGUAUGUGUGUAUGUAUUUAUUUGUUAGCUCUUUUUCUAGGAAUGAAUAUUUCAGUUGCUAUAUAUAAUGUUCUAUUCUUUUUAUUCAUUUUGCUUUUCAUUAUUUCAUGUAGACCUUUCUUUAUAUUUUUAAUUAAUCUGCUCAUCAUUUCUUAUGGCACAAUAGUAUUCCAUCACAAUCAUAUGCCACAACUUGUUCAGCCAUUCCCCACAUGAUGGACAUCCUCUCAGUUUCCAGUUCUUUGCCACCAUGAAGAUCAUUACUAUAAAUAUUUUAGAACAUUUAAGUUACUUUCUUUUCCCCUGAUUGCUUUGGAAAACAGAACUAACAGUGGUAUUGCUGGAUUUGAGUAUACAUAGUUAUGUAAAUCUUUGGACAUUAUUCCAAAUUGCUCUCCAAAAUGGUUGGAUCAGAUCACAUUUCCUCCAACAGAAUAUUAGUGUCCCCAUUUUUAUACACCCCCUCCAAAAUUUCUCAUUUUGCUCUUUUAUCAUUGUUGCCAAGUGGAUAGGUGUGAAAUGAUAUCCCAGAGUUAUUUUGAUUUGUAUUUUUUUAAAACCCUUACCUUCCAUCUUGGAGUCAAUACUGUAUAUUGGCUCCAAGGCAGAAGAGUUGACUUGCCCAGGGUCACACAGCUGGGAAGUGUCUGAGGUCAGAUUUGAACCUAGGACCUCCCAUCUCAAGCCCUGACUCUCAAUCCACUGAGGCAGCCAGCCAGCCAGCUGCCCCCUGAUUUGCAUUUUAAAAAUCAGUAAUGAUUUAAAGCAUUUUCAUAAUGUGUACAUAUAGCUUUGAUUUCUUUAUUCAAAAACUUUCCAUAUUUUUAAACUAUUUAUCAAUUGAAGAAUGGCUCAUAUUCUUAUAAAUUUGAUAAAGCUUUCCCUAAAUUUGAGCUAUAAGACCUAUAUCAAAAAUCUGUCUACAAAACUUUCCCCAAUAUUCACAUUUUCUUUUAAUAUUGGCUAUAAUUGUUUUAUUUGUACAAAACCUCUUUAAUUUAAUGGAAUCAAAAUUAUGCAUUUUAUAAUUCAAAAUUCUCUUUACCUCUUGUUUGUCCUAAUUUCUCUCCUAUCUAUAAAUUUGAUAAAUAAGUUCUCUGUUCUUCUAAUUUGCUUAUGACAUUUCCUGUUUUGUCUAUAUCAUGUAUUUACUUUGAUUUUAUCUUUGUAAAUCAUAUAAGAUUUUGGUAUAUACCUAGUUUCUGUCUGAUUGCUUUCCAAUUUUAACACUAAUUUUUACCAAAUAGCAAUUUUUUAUCUCCAAAACUUGGAUCUUUACUUUUGUGAAAUAAAAUGUUACUAUUAUCGUGUACUACUAUUUUUUGUAUGUUUGUUUGGUUCUACUGAUCUACAUUUCUGUUUCUUAGUUAGUACCAAAUAGUUUGAUAAUUAUUGCUUUAUAAUAUAGUUUAAAAUCUGGCACUAUUAGAUCUAUUUCCUUUACAUUUUUUCAUUAAUUCCUUUGAUAUUCUUGACCUUUUGUUCUUUCAAAUAAAUUUUGUUAUUUUUCCUAA